UCAUGAGCUGUUUGUAGAUGGUAGCCAGGUAACUUUCUAAGCAAGCUAAAAGAAUUUUGAAAUCAGUAAUAACCGAUUGCCCACGAGGCUUCCUUUCCCUUCCUAUGUAAGAGAUCGAAGAAAGUUGGCAACGAUGAUUUCUCGCCUUUUUAAAUUAGCUGCGUGUCAAAUCCGUUUGCCUAUUGUCAUACUUCUGAUUUUAUCAUGCCUGUUCAUUUUACCCGAUGAAGUGCACGAUAGAGUAAAAAAGACUAUACUAAAAAGUCGGAUGGAUUUGUUCAAAAAAGAUUCGGUUGUUCUGACUACACAGGAGCCAAAUGAGAUUCAGAGUAUGUCAUUACGACGCAGCAAAAGCGGAGAGGCUCCUCUCAGAAAAAUCGAAACUUCGUCUUUAAAUGAUGUUGUUGCAACGACAGCAGACAUUCUGAUCACGACAAAAGCGCGAACGGAAAGUACAUCUUUACCCGAUGUUAUUACAAGCACAGAAAAAACUUGCGCAAAAGGCAGCAAACUAGUAGGACCCUUGAAAGUAGACCAAACAGAAACUACGUGGUCAGCGUUGGAGAAAGAACUAGAUUACAUCAAGAAUGGGGGCUUUUAUAAUCCCCCGCAUUGCAACCCGGCUGUUAAGACAGCCGUUAUAAUUCCUUAUCGUGACAGAGAGAAACAUCUAAAGACAUUCUUGAAGCAUGUUUACCCCAUGCUAACGCGACAAAACAUAUUCUUUCAAAUAUUCGUCAUUGAGCAGGCCGACGCCAACGAAUUCAACAGAGGAAAGUUGAUGAAUGUAGGAUUCAAAGAAGCGUUGAAAGUCAUGGACUUUAAUUGUUUUGUUUUUCAUGAUGUUGACCUCAUUCCAGAAGACGAUCGCAAUUUGUAUGGGUGUCAUAUCUCUCCAGCACAUUUGUCACCUGCUAUUGACAAAUUUGGUUACAGCUUGUUUUACAAGACCAUUUUUGGUGGCGUCGAGAUGUUUAAGAAAGGUGAUUUUGAAAAAAUCAAUGGGUUUUCGAACAUUUUCUGGGGCUGGGGAGGGGAAGAUGACAGUCUGUAUCAAAGGAUUACAAGCCAUGGUUACAAUUUGAGAAGACCAGCUAUGUCAAUAGGAAGAUACAUUAUGAUAAAGCAUGAACAGGCGCCAAAGAAUGAGAAGAGGGACUUUUUGUUACAUCAUGCCAAUAUAGACUCAAAAGAUGAUGGCCUGAAUUCUUUGAAAUACAAAGUUAAAUUCUCUGCUGCGCAUCCAUUGUAUACAAGGAUACAUGUUGACCUUCUCAAGGAAGCCGAUAUUUUAUUAGGGACGUAAAGCUUUGAGAAUUAUGAUAUUCUGAAACUCGAGGUUUCAUUUGGUCACUUACGGAUGGAAAGCGUUUAGUGUCAUGAGAAACCUGAUAGAGAGACACUUCAGUAGCUUUUGAAAUAAAAACUUGAAGUUAUGAAAAAAGUAGAUUCAGUUAUUUUCCCUUAAAAGUUACAAGUUUUACAUUCCACAAUCUUGGAGACACAGUGUUGAGAUUUUAUUAUUCUUUAGCAGCCACCGUCUUUCUACAUAAGAAAAUUUUUAUAUAAGAAAAUUCACUUAAAAGGAACCUGUUAGUAAAAUUUCAAAAGGAUAAGAAAACUUUCUAGAUUAAAGUACGUUUACAAGAAAUUCUAAAGUUUUCAAUUGUAUCGUGUAUCAUAAUUUCCAGUUUUUUAACUUACUACUAUGCCACGCCAAGUUUCCUGCUUUUAACUUAGGCAGCCUUUCCAUUAGCUUGGGUUAAAACAUAUCCGGGUUAAAAGUUAUCCGUUUCUACGUCGCGUUCCCGCUAACCCACUUGAAAAACGGAUAAGUUUGAAAACGGGUCUCAAAGUGGGUCAGUUUUUACCCGGGUAUCUUUUGACUUACCUGCGAGUUAAUGGAAACGCCGAACCCGGAUAACUUUUGAUCCACUUGCAACAACAGCAACGUUUAAAAAUUUAGACGGCGCCAAAAAUCAAAAAACAAAAUCCUGGAUGUCGAUGUUGCUUCCAUUGGCCUACAACGAUAGAAAUUGAAGAAUUUUUUAUGCAAAUACUGAUUUCUCUUACAACUUUUCACCCUGGAUACAUUUUAACCUGGCUUAGUGGGAACGAUCAAAAACGGAUUAAAAACGGGUCGAAGAAAAGUGCCGUUUUCAUUGACUCACUUUAAAAAAAUAUAACUUUUAACCCGGGUAUGUUUUAACCCAGGCUAGUGGAAAGGCUGCCUUAAUUUUUAUUCAGCAGUCUAAUAUUUGUUACUUUGUAAUCUGAAAUUUGUUUUAUAAUCUGAAGAGACAGUGAUUGUGUACAGCAUACUCCGAUAGCAAAGAGCACAUUUUGGUAAAAAAAUCCUGAUCAUAAACAACAGGUUCUGUUAGAAGACAACAAAAUUUUAUCUUAAAUCACAGACUUUGAUAGCAAAAAAUUAUUUCUGUUUAGCUUUUAUGAAAUUGGUAUGUCACUUUGAGAAUUGUCUGUGUUUGGUAUUAAAUAGAUUUUGCUGUUUAACAAAUUUUGUAAGUCAUUUAACAAACUUUGAUUGAAAAUAUCAUUUUUUUUCAUAAUUCCAAUUAGUGAUUGUUUUGAGAUAGUACAAUUGACCGAGCCAUCAAAUCAAUUAGCCUUCACUGA